GGAACAAGAGAAACCAAAAAAGACACAAAGGUUAGUGAACAAGAUCCAAGAAUUAAUUCAACAAAUCAGAAAGGUCUAGUAUUUCGAAACCGUAGAAGAAAGCAGGGUGAAGGGCAAAGGCAAGAGGGAUUUAAAGCAGGAGCAAACGAUCCAUCAUAA